AUGAGCCUGGGGCCAUGAGAGGUGAGAUGGGUAGCAGAGGAGAUUAGAAUACAGGUUACCUGCCUCCCAAGGUAGUUAACAAUGAGUCUGCGGAAACAAACUCCUAGUGACUUCUUAAAGCAGAUCAUUGGACGGCCAGUUGUGGUGAAACUCAACUCUGGAGUGGAUUAUCGAGGGGUCCUGGCCUGCCUGGAUGGCUACAUGAACAUAGCACUGGAACAGACGGAAGAGUAUGUAAAUGGACAGCUGAAGAAUAAGUACGGCGAUGCAUUCAUCCGAGGAAACAAUGUGCUGUAUAUAAGUACACAGAAGAGACGGAUGUGAAGAUACCAGGAGCAGCUCUUCAGAGUUGGAUAUAUUUUAUUACAAAGUGUUUUGGUUUUUGCUCUUUUACAAUCUUAGUUGGCCUGUUUCCACAGUGGUUGGUGUGUUUUGUUGUUGUUUUUUUUUUUUUUUUUUGACAUUGAAAUAAGAUAGCAAUGUUACAUUACAGAUUGAAUCUUAAACUUUUCAUGUUUAUGUUUACUUCUGUCUGUACAGAAUGCUACAAUUAAAAUUCAUUUCUCCUGGAUUAUUUUGCUAAGA